AUGGCGGUGGAGAGCUGCGGUGACAUACACGCGCUUCCGGAGGACUGCAUUGCCAACGCCAUCUCGCUCACAAGCCCUAAGGACGCAUGCCGGCUGUCGGCGGUCGCGUCCACCUUCCGCAUCGCCUCCCUGUACGACACCGUUUGGGAUCGCUUCCUGCCCUCGGAUUAUCGCGAUCUGAUAUCCCGGGCCGCCGGCGGGCCCGAGUCCUUGCUUUCUAAGUUCCGUUCGAAGAAGGAUCUGUAUCUCCACCUCUGUGACCAUCCGAUUCUCAUCGACGGUGGGCGCAAGAGCUUUUCGUUGGAGAAAUGUAGUGGAAAGAAAUGCUACAUGAUAGCAGCAAGAGAUCUCUAUAUUGUAUGGAGCGAUACUCCUCAAUAUUGGCGAUGGAUAUCUCUUCCCGAGUCUAGGUAA